AAGUCAGAUCCCCACAUCCUGCUUCACUGGGUCAAGUCCCUCUUGGACCGACUCUUGUCCAUCACUGGCUGACGGGGACCCACAGUGCCCCUGUACCGGGCCUCCCCUGGUAAUUUUACCACAUCGGUCCUUGCACCUCUCACAUCUCUUCUGAUGAAGAUGGCCUUUCUUUCUGUUAGUUCCAUUAGCUAAUGAUGGGACAAGGCUGUGCCAACAGGGCUAGGGGCAGGAGAACGGGGCUAAUCAAGCCCCUCAGGAAACACUGGAGGACUCGCCCAGCCCCUGAAGGUCUCUAGCGGUUUCUGGAUCUAGCGCACUCUGGCGGUAAGCAUGAUGCGACUUCUGUCACUUCUUCUGGGACUUUUGGGGCCAGGUGGCUACUUGUUCCUUUCAGGGGAUUGUCAGGAGGUGGCCACUCUCACUGUGAGAUAUCAGGUGGCAGAGGAGGUACCGGCUGGCACCGUGAUAGGGAAGCUGCCUCAGGAACGGGGCCGGGAGGAGGGGCCUGGCCAGGCGGGAGCUGCCUUCCAGGUCUUACAGCUGCCCCAGGGACUCCCCAUCCAGGUGGACUCUGAGGACGGCGUGCUCAGCACAGGGAGGCGGCUGGACCGGGAGCAGCUUUGCCGGCAGCAGGAUCCCUGCCUGGUGUCCUUUGACGUGCUGGCCACAGGGGAGCGGGCGCUCAUCCACGUGGAGAUCCAGGUGCUGGACAUCAAUGACCACCAGCCGCAGUUUCCCAAAGGUGAGCAGGAGCUGGAAAUCUCUGAGAGCGCCUCUCUGCGCACCCGGAUCCCCCUGGACAGAGCUUUGGACCCAGACACUGGCCCCAACACCCUGCACUCCUACACCCUGUCUCCCAGCGAGCACUUCGCCCUGGAUGUCAUUGUGGGGCCCGAUCAGACAAAACAUGCGGAACUGGUGGUGGUGAAGGAGCUGGACCGGGAAAUCCACUCAUUUUUUGAUCUGGUGUUAACUGCCUAUGAUAGUGGGAAUCCCCCCAAGUCAGGCACCAGCUUGGUCAAGGUCAGCGUCCUAGACUCCAAUGACAAUAGCCCUGUGUUUGCUGAGAGCUCACUGGCCCUAGAAAUCCAAGAAGACGCUGCCCCUGGUACUCUCCUCAUAAACCUGACUGCCACAGACCCUGACCAAGGCCCCAAUGGGGAGGUGGAAUACUUUCUCAGUAAGCACGUGCCUCCAGAGGUGCUGAACACCUUCAGUAUUGAUGCUAAGACGGGCCAGGUGACUCUGCUCCAGCACCUAGACUAUGAGAAGAAUCCGGCCUACGAAGUGGAUGUCCAAGCAAGGGAUCUGGGUCCCAAUCCCAUCCCAGCCCACUGCAAGAUUCUCAUCAAGGUUCUGGAUGUCAAUGACAAUGUCCCAAGCAUCCACAUCACGUGGGCCUCCCAACCAUUGCUGGUGUCCGAAGCUCUUCCCAAGGACAGUUUCAUUGCUCUCAUCAUGGCCAACGACCUGGACUCAGGAAACAAUGGUCUGGUCUACUGUUGGCUGAGCCAAGAGCUAGGCCACUUCAGGCUGAAAAGGACCAAUGGUAACACAUACAUGCUGCUAACCAACGCCACACUGGACAGAGAGCAGUGGCCCCAAUAUACCCUCACUCUGUUGGCCCAAGACCAAGGACCCCAGCCCUUAUCAGCCAAGGAACAGCUCAGCAUUCAGAUCAGUGAUGCCAAUGACAAUGCACCUGUGUUUGAGAAAAGCAGGUACCAGGUCUCCACUCGGGAAAACAACCUACCCUCUCUUCACCUCAUCACCAUCAAGGCCCAUGAUGCAGACCUGGGUGUUAACGGGAAAAUCUCAUACCGCAUCCAGGACUCCCCAGUUUCUCACUUGGUAGCUAUUGACUCAGACACAGGCGAGGUCACCGCUCAAAGGUCACUGGACUAUGAACAGAUGGCAAGCUUUGAGUUCCUGGUGAUUGCAGAGGACAGCGGGCAGCCCCAGCUCACAUCCAGUGUCUCUGUUUGGGUCAGCCUCCUGGAUGUCAAUGAUAAUGCCCCAGAGGUGAUUCACCCCAUACUGAGUAAUGGGAGAGCCAGCCUCUCGGUGCUUGUAAAUGCCUCCACAGGUCAUUUGCUGGUGCCCAUUGAGAAUCCCAAUGGCCUGGGCCCAGCAGGCACUGACAUACCACUACAGGCCACCCCCAGCUCUCGGCCAUUCCUUUUGGUGACUAUCAUAGCAAGAGAUGCAGACUCGGGGGCAAACGGAGAGCUUCUCUACACCAUUCGGAGUGGGAACGAAGCCGGUGUCUUCGUCCUCAGCCCCCACCUGGGGCAGCUGUUCAUCAACAUCACCAAUGCCAGCAGCCUCACUGGGAGUGAGUGGGAGCUGGAGAUUGUGGUGGAAGACCAAGGCAGCCCCUCCUUGCAGACCGGAGCCCUGCUGCAGGUCUUGUUCAUCACCAGUGUGGACCACUUGAGGGAUUCAGCCCGUGAGCCAGGGGCCCUGAGCACAUCGGUACUCACAGUGAUUUGCCUGGUUGUACUGCUUGCCGUCUUUGGGUCGAUCUUGGCUCUGAUCACGUCUAUCUGCCGGAUGGAGAAAAAGGACAACAGGGCCUACAACUGUCGGGAGGCUGAGUCCACCUACCGUCACCAGCCCAAGAGGCCCCAGAAACACAUUCAGAAGGCGGACAUCCACCUUGUGCCUGUGCUCAGGGGCCAGGUGGAUGAGCCUGGCGAAGUCGGGCAGCCCCCCAAGCAUGUGGGCGAGGAAGCAAUGAUGGAAGCAGGCUGGGACUCCUGCCUGCAGGCCCCCUUUCAUCUCACACCGACUCUGUACAGGACUCUGCGAAACCAAGGCAACCAGGGAACGCUGGCCGAGAGCCGAGAGGUGCUGCAGGACACUGUCAACCUCCUUUUCAACCAUCCCAGGCAGAGGAACGCCUCCCGGGAGAACCUGAACCUUGCCGAGCCCCAGCCUGCUGUAGGCCAGCCCCGCUCAAGGCCCCUGAAGGCUGCGGGCAGCCCCACAGGAAGAGUGCCUGGAGACCAGGGCAGCGAGGAGGCCCUGCAGAGCCCGCCAGCCUCCUCUGCAACCCUGAGGCGGCAGAGGAAUCUCAAUGGUAAAGUAGCCCCUGAGAAAGAGUCAGGCCCCCGUCAGAUCCUGCGGAGCCUGGUCCGGCUGUCUGUGGCCGCCUUUGCGGAGAGGAACCCUGUAGAGGAGCUCACCGUGGAUUCGCCUCCUGUUCAGCAAAUCUCCCAGCUGCUGUCCUUGCUGCAUCAGGGCCAAUUCCAGCCCAAACCAAACCACCGGGGAAAUAAGUACUUGGCCAAGCCUGGCAGCGGCAGGAGUGCAAUCCCAGACACAGAUGGCCCAAGCACCAGGGCUGGUGGCCAGGCAGAACCAGACCAGGAAGAAGGACCCCUGGACCCUGAAGAGGACCUUUCUGUGAAGCAGCUGCUAGAAGAAGAGCUGUCAAACCUCCUGGACCCCCACACAGGCCUGGCCCUGGACCGGCUGAGCGUCCCCGAUCCGGCCUGGAUGGCAAGACUUUCUUUGCCCAUCUCCACCAACUACCGUGACAACGUGUUCUCCCCGGACUCUGCGACCUCGGAGGAGCCCAGGACCUUCCAGACGUUCGGCAAGGCGCCCGAGCUGAGCCCGACAGGCACGCGGCUGGCCAGCACCUUCCUGUCGGAGAUGAGCUCGCUGCUGGAGAUGCUGCUGGAGCAGCGCCCCGCCGUGCCGGUGGAGGCCGCCUCCGAGGUGCUGCGGCGGCUCUCCGUCUGCGGGAGGACCCUCAGUCUAGACCUGGCCACCAGCGGGGCCGCGGGCUCCGAAGGCCCCACGGGCCUAGCUGGAAACAAGGGGGCCGAGAGCAGGACCAGCAGUGGCAGCAGCAGCAGCAGGGGCCAGUGGAUCCAGGAACCGGGGACCCCGGGAGAUGUUAGGAAGCCCAGGCCCUGAGGAUUCUGGGACAGGAACUGGUGUCUCUAAUCUUUGAACUCACUGACCAGAGGUGGCCUGAGAACUUUAGGGUGACGGAGGCUGCCCCACAAAGCAGGCGGGAGCCCCAGGACAAAGAGCUGGCUGACCAAAGCAACCCGAUGUUAAGUCCUGGCUCUACUGGUGGAAUUUUUGGAGGAGGGAGGCAGUUUGUGGCUAAGUGUUUGCUGGCAAAACACAUGGAAGAAGAGCACAGAGGGUUAAUCCUCUUUGCAAAACAGAUGCCAAGGAGCAUCUCAAGCAGGAAGGAGGGCCUGGUUGCACACUGGAGGGUUGGGGACUGGAUCCUGGGGCACCAGGCAAAGCUCUCUGACCUACUAAUAAAGGAAAAGUAGUGGGUGGUUACCCUGUUUGCACCUGUCAGGAGGGCAAGGGAGGAGGGAAGAGUAGAGUGAGGGUUCUUUGUCAUCCAGUCGCUGGCCGCAGCAUCACUGUGGGCCAAGAUGGGAGGGUGUACAGUGUUAGGUCAGCGAUGAUGGACACAGGUACACUUGACCCUCACUCCCCUAUUGCUACAGUACCAAAUAAUCCGCUUCCAGCUGAAAAUUAAAGCUAAGAAAAGCAUGAGUAUAUAUAGAGUAUUAACAGGGGCCAGGCACCAGUCUUUACAAUAGGAUUUAAUUUCAUUUCCUCACAACCCAAGGAGGGGAGGUGUUAUUAUCCCCAUUUCAGAUACAAGGCCAUGAGACUUGGGAGAAGCUGAGUGUCUUGCCCAAGAUCAAGCAGAGAAAGGAGGCAGAGCCAGAAAUUGGAACUAGGCUUGUCCAACACCAAAACCCAUGCUCUCAACUUUGGCACUAGACUGCCAGCCAAGGAAAACAAAGGAAGAGCUACCACAGGUGGGCUUUUGCCAGAGUGGACUUGCCUGAAAUCCCCUCAGGAAAAACAUUGAAAAGUAUAUUUCCAAAGCCUCUGAGGCUGCACAUCUCUGCUCUUCUGAGCACAGAAUGAGAGGGACUUGUCACUGACUUGAUGCAGGCUGGGCCUCUGCAGACUCCUGUCCUUCCCUAGCAAGCAGCCCUUCAGGUGCAGAAGUCCUCUUUCCAGACCCACUGAUUGUGGGUAAACCUUCCUCUGUCACAGCAGUGAAUUCAGGCCCUAGAGGACAGUGUGUGAACUGGGUCUAUGAAAUUGACGCUGACAGCAGCAAACCUUCCAGGGGAGGAGGGGAUGAAAAAAAACAGCAAAAUAUUUUCCCAAGGUUCAGUCUAUUCAGCUUCUCAACAAUGUGGAGGCUCUCCCUGAUACUAAAGAAAAAAUUUCUGUGCCUCUCCUUUCGUCCUUUUCCGGAACUCAGAACACAUGUUCACUGUUCACUGAAAGGUGCCAACCAUACUCCCAUCUAGGGAUAAUGAAAAUCAUCCAUACUUGGAAUGUCGUGAGGCAUCAUCAUUCCAUUAUCCCAUUUUACAGAUGAAUAAAAUGGGGCCCCCAAAAUGCUUCAGGAGCUCUGGGAGCAGGGUCUCUUGGUCUCUGACAUCUCACUCCAGGGCAGAAUAACCUCUUUACAAGAUCUAUGAUUUGCAAGCCAAUGAAAGAGGCUGGGGGACACCAAGCAGGUAGGGUCUCCAAUCUGAGCAGCAAGGCACCUGGCCCAAAGUAACACUUGAUGAAUACUUGUUGAAUGGAAGAAAAAAUGAAACAGUGGGUACAGAAAUGCUACAGGAU